ACUUAUUCGCACAAAACCGAUACUCGCACUACUGAGUGACAAGUGACAGUGAUCUAUAUUUUUCCAUUCAAUCAAUCAGUUUUGGGGGGCGUACAGUUUUUCGACAGUUCUGUUUCUCGACUAGCCCUUUUAAUACAUACACCAGGCUUUUAAAAUCAAAUUAGUUUGACACAACCGUCAACAUGCUGUCAUUUGAACGUAUUCCCGAUCAGGUGGGCUAUCUUGUAAUGACUGAAGAUGGUGCUGUAGUGUCGUCUAGUGGCGAGCUGGAAAAUGGAGAAAGAAUCGCCAAUGUUGUCGCUGGACUUAUUUCACUAUCUGAUAAAGUAGAUCCUGUUGCUUUCCCUGGAGACAAAGGUUUCAAGAAAAUAACCGUGAACUAUGAAAAUCAUGCUUAUAUCAUAUGCCUGUCCAACAAGAAAGUUUAUGUUGUGAAGAGACGAACACAUCCUCAGGCACCACUUGAUGCAGACCUGACUUCUUGACCUGUCAAGGUACAAGACCCCUCCUUAAUACUACUUGAAAAUUUAAACUGAAGAAAGUAAUAUCUGUAAUUUUGUAUCUUAAGAUCUGCUUUAUUUAGAGCUUUGACUAAAAGGCUAAAACAGGCAAACUGUUAAUGCCAGAUGAAUUACUUCCGAUAUUAUCUAAUUGUAUCUAUUGUUAGUACAUUUUCGUGGAAAGGGAUCAUUGUUUCUGUCGUGAUGUAGAUUGUAUCUGUGCCAUUUUGCAAUGAUAAAGUAUAUAAUUAAUUCUUCUGUAAUAAUAAACUGUGAAGUGUUAGCUCUAAUAAAUUUUAAAGAAAGAGUUUAUUUGGUGGAAA